GUGACCCAGUUAAAGUAUAAAAUAAGGUGAUAAGAAGAGCCUCAUCAUUCUUCUUUAACAACAGAAUCUCCUUUGAAGGCUCCUCAUAUUAUCAUCAUCAUUCUAGCUUGACUGCUCAGUAUCCUGUAUAUCACAUCCAGGUCAAAAGGAUAAAUUCGAGCAGCUACAACACUCUUUCCUCCAUUACAUAUAAAAGUUCUUGCGGGUUCGCGCGAGAUGAAAAAGGACAGAAAUCCAUGGAACAUGCUCAGCGAUGAAAUGGUGGAGACAGUAUUGGCGCAACUCCCAACGUUGGACUUUUCUCGGUGCCGGUUUGUGUGUAAGAGAUGGAGUUCAAUCAUCAAUUCACCAACCUUUCAGACUACCUCACAUCAAAUCUUUGAUCGACGCCCAUGGUUCUUAAUUUUCAAUAAACAGCCGGCAUCUGUUUCGGUUUAUGAUAUGGAGAUUUCUGAUUGGCGGGCACGUCUGAAACUCCCAUUGCCGACUGAAAUUAGGAAAAAGCCAUGUAUUCCAGUUGUCUCAUCUGGCGGACUUAUGUGCUUUCAAUCAAUCGCCAAUUCUUAUGUUGUUUGUAAUCCCUUUACUGGUUCAGUGCGCUCGUUACCUAGAUUCCGUCUGAGCAAAAAACUUAGAGGUGGGUGGAUCGCGAUGCACGUACCACAAGGAUCUAAUAGUUACAAGCUUUUUGUAGUUUGCGGGACGUGGCCUGAUAUGGUUAUGAAAGUUUUCUCCUCAGCGGAGAAUAGAGCUACAUGGAAGAGUUUGUCUUUGAGAUUGCUCACGGAAGAACAUGGGUCUUGGUCUAUUUGGGAUAGAGGUGUGACUGUAACUGGUAAAGAACAACAGAUUUUGGCAUACUACCUUACCCUUGAUGGAAACCUAGUAUGUAUUGAUACCGAGAAAUGCAGUAUCGCGAUAUACUCAAAAUUACUUGAAGGGGAUAAUUUUUUCAAAAUGGACUUGGUCGAGUGCGGUGGAAGGGUUUUCGUAGUGGUCCUUAUGGAAACAGAUGGCGCUUCUAUCUCUAUGAAAAGAACAUUACAUGUUUGGGAAUUCGAUACUGAGUCAGCAGCAUGGAAACAAACUUCAGCCAUGCCAGCAAACAUGUCCAAAGACUACUACAAUAAUGAAGCUCUCAUCACGUGUUCUGGUCAUGGCGAACAUAUAAUGAUCUGUGUGAACUCUAUUAAUGGGGUUACUUCAUUCAACCACGUGGUGAUUUACAACAUAAAAGAAAAUACUUGGAUUGACCUCUCACCACGCUUCGGAGACUACAAUGCUGAUGUAACGGUUUUGUUGCCUCACUCUUUCAAACCAGACAUUAAAGCUAGUGUGUGAUGGAGUUUGUUUUCUAGCUAAAUUAAUAGGUGUGCUGUUUACUUCAGAUGGUGAUGCUUUUUAAUUACUGAAAAUUGAGGUUAGGGAUCUAUUAUCUGAAGGGACGGUUUACUUGUCGAUCAGAUUCUGACCCUAAUAAAGUGGAUUGGAAGCUUUUAAAAUAUGACCGUUAAUUUUCAAACAGCGUAUGAUAAGGUUGCAAAAUUCUGUGUUGUGAUUUCUUGGAAGGAUAAUCUGCACUGCAGUUUUUUCUCAUUUUAUUUGUGCUUGUUUGUGAUUUACAUAUGAAUAUCUUAUAAAUACCAUCCUGAUAGUGUAAAGUUCAAAGUUGUAUAGCUUUGUAGA